AUGGCGACUAAGGUGCCUGUUUACUCGACCAACGACCUCAAGUCCACUAGCGAUGACGCCCUAGUGCCCUACUUGACCAACCUCCCCGCGCCCUACACCUUCACACCAGACCACACCAAGACCAACGUCCGCUUCGCGUUGGGAUAUAGCGCCGUCGCGAUCUCAGCAUUCACCUUCUAUGCAGACCGCAAGCUAGGCUGGGAGGCCGCCACAUCGCCUUGGAUCAUUAUCGCUGUAUGCUCGUAUUUCAUCCUCAACACCGCCCUGACAUAUUGGAUUUGGGCUGUUGAAGCUGGGGAGGUAUUUCACGGGAAGCGCAAAACUGGAGAGACGAUAUCUAUCUCCUCGUCUGUCGAUAAGAACUCUGUGCCCUAUAAACUCCACGUCCAAUACAAGUCCCCGGCUGGCAAGGUCCUGCAGGAAAAGCGCUUCGAAGCUCCCUUUACAAAAUGGUUCUCGGCUGACGGCGUGUUUCACCCGGAGCCGUACCGACGCUGGCUGGCAAGUGAAGUUGAUGUACUAAGGCUUGCGGCAAAGGAAAAUGAGAAGAAGACCAGUGAUUCCGGACGAUAG